AUGUCGUUCCACCCGAUUCAUGGUCAGGAUCCCAUAAAGGUGCUCAAGCAGCUAGAAGGCUCUCAGCUUAUAUUACCAGUUGUGUCGAUAGGGAAUACGCCUCAAUUGGCGGCAGAUCUACUAAUACACACGCUGCCUGCGAAGCUAGUGGCGAGACUCGAUGAUAUUUACCUGUACCCAUUUGCAUCACCUGUGGACUAUGUGGAUGAUCCCAAACAGGGAAUCACAUCAGGCCUGGAAAUCUACUACAGCGAGCAACACCAGGUGACCAUUUUGCAGCAAAGGUCUCCAAUCUUGCCUGGUUUAAUAGCGAAGUAUCUCAAGGAGCUGAUCGUGCCGUUCGUGCGAAUGGCACAGUUCAGCAAGGUGGUGAUUCUACAAAGCAAUGAUGCUGGUCUUCGCGAGGACAAAAACGUGGACCAUUUGUUUCUGCUCUGGGCCAACGAUAUUGCCAAAACCCUUGAGACGUUCAAAAUUUCUGAUAACAGCAUUGGAGUGAUCUCCGACAAGUCAGAACUCGACGGCAUGGGCAAAUUGAUAAUUGACGCAUUUGAGGGUCAAAAUGGGGAAACCUCGAGUCUGGGCCCCGAGGUGAAAGGGUCCUUGAAGCUCGGAGGCGCACCUCCUGCGUCGAUCGACGCGAUAUUUCUGUCGAUCUUUGUGUACGAGGGCGACAACUCGAACGAUUCGAAGCAAUUGGCUUCUCAGCUUUUACGUGUGCUCCAUGUAAACGAGCCUGCAGAAUGGACGACUCCGAUCUCCUGGCGCGGAGUGUAUGGCAACAAACAAAUUCCUGUUGGAAUGGAGUAUGGUGUGUAUACUUAA